AUGUAUCAAUUUCUGUUGGCGCUUCUCUUCGUGCGAAUGGCCUUCGCAUCAUCUUGCGAUGCAGAGCCCUUAGUUCUCCCCCUCCAAGACGUCCAGGUCCUUCCAGAUGUCUCCGACACUUUCAUGAAAGGCAUUCCAGCCGAAAUUGGAACACCGCCUCAGAAUAUCGUUCUUUUACCUUGGACCGACUUGAACAAUACCUGGAUAUACACCGAUCCAUUCUGCAAGGACUCAGGUAUUCCAAAUGACGAAUCAUGCCAAGUUCGAAGAGGUGGAAUAUUUAACGAAGAAAAGUCCACGAGUUUCACAGGAGCGAGGGACAUCGUCAAAGCAGGCGGUGUACCAAACGAGACAUUCUUCAAAGGCGGCCAAUACGGAGUUCGCAACCUCGUCAAAAGCGCCAGGGGCGCAAUCGACAAGUUCACCCUCGAAGGUUCAGCUGAACUCGACAAAUUUGCCUUUGGUAUACCAACGAGUAAAUGGGACGAUACAUACAGUACUCUGAGUCCCCUCGGCUUAGGCCGUAAUUCAACAUAUCUCAACGCCUUACGUAAAGCUGGAAAGAUUGGUUCACGAGUAUGGUCCAUAUUCUGGGGACGCAUGUGGAUCAAAGAACCUCUUGAUGGAUCUUUAGUACUCGGUGGUUAUGAUGAGAAGAAAGUCAUUGGUAAAAAUUACACUGCGCCGCUUGUAUAUGGAGAUUUCGAUGGCUCGGAUGGGUGCUGGACUGGUAUGAAGGUGACUUUGACUGAUGUCCAGAUCAAUUAUCUCGGUGGAACGAAUGUUAGUAUCUUUCCGAAGGGGACGACGUUGCAGUGUUGUAUCGAUCCGGCGAAUCAUUUGCUGCUCGAGGCACCGACGCCGUAUAUACGGAAUUUUGAGUCUAUCAGUGGUUUGAAGACGAAUUACUCAUCGAGUGGACUGCACUGGAAUGCCCUUCAGACAGGCCUCGACAAGCAGUUCUUGGCCGACCUGACCUUUCAUCUCGACUCCGGUCUCAAGAUCCGCGUCCCAAACAACCAAUACAUGAUCCCCUCCGUGGACAUCGCCUCCAACGGCUCACGAGUCAGCAAUACAUCCAAACGCGACAUUCUCAUAACAGAUAUCGACGACGGACCACCAAUUCUUGGGAGGUAUUUCCUCACAGCGGCGUAUCUCAUGGUCAAUCACGAUGCUGGGACUUUCACGCUCUGGCAGGCGAAUGCCACUCGGGAAAGAAGCCUCGUGAGAGUAUUCGAUGAGGAGACGGGGAAGAAGUGUGAGAAUACUACGGGCGUUAUACAACCCUCUGCGUCUUACACGGGCGCUGCUUCUGAGAGUUCGAGACCAGAUAGAGGGAUUGGUUCGAAUUCGGGUUCACUCUCUGGUGCGGUCAUUGGUGGCGCUGUUGUUGGUGCUGUAGCUGGGGCGGCGUUGAUAGGGCUGGGAAUUACUUACUUCUUGAUCAAACGGAAACGAAAAGCUGAUACAUACUACUUUUACCCUGCGCAUGAGGAGCUGCAAAGAGCGGAUAUAUACGAGAUGGACGGGAACCCAAGAGUCGACGACGAGUCCUACAUGAAAGCUGGAAUACGAUAG